AGGUAAUUCGCUUCCGGUGAUUUUAAGACGUGUUGUUUACGUUUGAAAAAACAGAAGCCAGUUUAUAAGAAUGAUGCGACAUGACAGCAACUCAAUUAUAUCAUCCCUUCAAAUGGACUAUGCAGACUCAGAUGAAGAAGAAAACGACUCCAAGAACAAUUCUAAAAACAAUCCAAAUGAUUUUGCUUUAGACGAUGCUAAAAUGGAAGAAGAAACACAUGAUUCUGUUUCUGGGGAGAUUCCAUUUGAAUCACAAAUGACUUACCUCGAAAAAGACACUGACAAAGUCUCCCCAGCCACAGAAAGAGAUAGUGAAGAUAAAAGUGAAGCAAGAAAAGAACCAGAAGUGAGUCCAGCUGAGCUUAUAUCUGAUGAUGAGGAUGGUCACACACACAGUCAACAGCGCCACCGUCACUCCCCACACAUAUCAGAAUUUAAUAGGAGGUUAGCAGUCUCCGACGCAGUUAAUACAGAUUCUCCCUCCAGUCAAGGGUCAGUGAAACCGGGAAAGAAAGCUACGCGCUUGGUAUCUUAUGGUCCAGAUGAAGACCUGGAUGAAAAUAGCUCAAGUGAAGAGAUUGAAGAAGAGGAAACCCCAGAGCUGAGUGAUUCAAACAGUCCAGAACUCACAUCCACAGAUGCUUCUAUACUUUCGAGAAGCGUCCAGAAUAUGGCUAGUGAUGAUAUUAAAAUCCCACCAGAACCUACAGGAAAAUGUUCUGUCCAGUUACAGAAAAAAAUUGAAGACAUGUAUGAAAGAAUGAGAAGAGAGGGGCUUGAUUUGAAUAGGGCUAUACAGAGCAAAAAGAAUUUUAGGAAUCCCAGUAUUUAUGAAAAACUUAUAGACUAUUGUCACAUUGAUGAGAAAGGAACAAAUUUCCCACCUGAAAUAUAUGACCCUCAUAUAUGGGGAAAAGAGUCAUUCUAUGAUGAGUUAGAUAAGCUACAAAGAAAAGAUAUGGAACGAAGAGAGAAGGAAAAGAAGGAAAGAACUAAAAUUGAAUUUAUGACGGGCACAAAGAAACCAGCUUCUGCAGAUGGAAGUGUUGGUCCUUCAGAUGAGAAAAAGAGAAAGACAAAAUGGGAUGCCCAGCCAGCAAGUAUUAUUCAUGUUUCCAAAAUCCCAUCAGCCUCACAGAAUCCAGGUGUUGUUAAUCUGACAGCUAUGGCCACAGGUACAAAAGCCACCAUCAUUCCAGCAGUUGGGUCAUUAUCUAAAAAACCUUCAUCAUCGUCAGGGAAAUAAAAAAUAAUUUUUUUUUUACAAACUGUUUAGAAUUUAUUGCAUUUUUAAGGCAGAGUUAAGCAUUUCACCAGAAUGUGGUGUUUUUAGUUACUGCAUUGACAUAUUUACCUUAAUAUCAGGUAAAUUAAAAAAAAAAAUUUGUUGAAAAGCACAAGACAGUAUAGUAUAGCUUCAAAUCUGUCAUAACUUUAAAUGUUACAAUAAUAUAUGAACUGGGUUGUUUUGUUUUGGUUGAUUAAUGGAAGCCAAAAUAUUUAACUGUGUUAUGUCACAGACUGACAUAAAGGAUGAAACUUUUGAGGUGUAAAUACAGUGAUGUGAUUAUGGCAAGGCACAAAGGUUGGCAUAUAUUUGUCCUCCCUACCCCCAUGUGCUGGAAUCUGAAUAUCUAUGUGACUAAAUAUCCAGUGCUAAAGAUGUUUUAUUUAAAUUUUUUUAGCUUUUCUAUAAUCAUAAUUUUGGUGUGAACAGAAGAGAAGUAUUUUUUUAAAAUUACAUGUUUAAAGUAAAAUAUCAUUUUAACAUUUAUUUGAAAAAAUUAAGAUUUUCUAAAAAAAUUUUUGUUUCUGAAGUAAAAUGUAAUAGCUUUGCCAGCACAAAAUGUAGUGUACCAUAUGUUAUGCUUAAUUAAGCAUUUGUAAAUAUUCUCAAUUAUCAAGACAUAUUACUGUACAUAUAGUUAUAGAACCUAAUGAAAAUAAGGCAAUAAUGUCAUUUUGUUUGUCCAUGUGUAAGCUUUAUUGAAAAUAUAUCUGAUGAAAUACACCUUGUUGUUGCGACUCUGUAAUUAGUGUAAAGUCAACUCAUUUUUAUGAAACCAAUAAAAAA